AUGGUCAGUGAUGUGAGCAUGCCGCUGGUUUUGAACACCAACAGAGUAGAAAAAGUCGUUCAAUCAUUGUCAGCUCUGUUCUCAAGGAUUCUAGCGAACUAUAAUGUAGUGUCGAGUCGGGCAUCACAUGCCGAUUGCUAUUCUUGGAAAGUGAUGGCGACCACCCAUCGUGUCGACAAGAAGUUCGCCGCAUGUGACGACGUAAAAGAAUGUGGCCGUAGUCCACCAAGUGAUUCUCGCAGCCAGUUAUGGAGUUCAAAGGCAGCCAUGUAG